UUCUUCCCAUUGAAAUUUCCACAAUUAAGCAGCCAAUCAUUUCGAUGUUUACAAAUAUCUGUAAUUCUUGACAGUCGAGACAGUUCCAGUUCAAAAUAAUGUUGUCAGAAUCUCAACUAAAAUUUUAUUCUGAAAACGGAUACUUAGUGCUAGACGAAGUAUAUUCCUCAGGAGAAAUUUAUGAAUGUUCAUCCGAAUAUGAUAAGGUUUUUGAAUUGAAACAAAAUUCGGAUCUUGAGGCUACAUGGAAAGGAAACUGGACUACUGCAGAUGCUGCAUCCUCACCGUCAACUCAGGUUUUAUCCAUUCAUAGUUUACAAAAUCACGCUGCAAUUUUUACGAAAAUGCUUCUGAAAGACACUCUACUUGAGAUAGUUGCUGAUCUUAUUGGAACUAAAGAUAUUUUAUUACAUCAUACAAAAGCUCAUUUAAAACCACCUGGCAAAGGUUCACCUUUCCCAAUGCACCAGGAUUACCAAUACUUUCCUUACAAGAAUGAUUCUUUAGUAGCUGUGUUUAUACAUUUGGAUGAUACUAACAUGGAAAAUGGUGGAUUAGCUGUUUAUCCUGGGUCACAUAAACUUGGCCCGUUAGAAGAUAAGGGGGAUAUUUCGGGCUGGCACUAUGUCGACCAAGAUAAGUUUCCAAUUGAUAAAGCAACGCCCGUGAACGCUAGACGAGGGCAAGUCGUAAUAUUUUCAUACCUGCUCGUGCACGGAAGCUUCCCUAAUACUUCAGAUCGCGUGCGACGGAUGCUGCUCUUUCAGAUGAUGUCUGCGCACGACGAGAAACUCCGAGAAACCCAUCGUUCUCCUUGCCAAGGAAUGGUCCUAAGCGGUCGAAAUCCUCACGCUGUUUCAAAGGACUGACUGUCUCCCUCCGGUUGCUCAUCCUCUUCCAGAACUAUGUCGGUUAGUAACAUAAUCACCUC